AUGUUUUACACAGCACUUUUUCUGAAUGUAUUAAUAUAUUACAACUUGUAUAAAGACUUUUUAGAUCACUUGUUUAGUAAGAUAUACAUAAAAAACUAG